CUGCUGCACUGAACACACAGCAUCAUGGAGCCUUGUGAAUGACCAUUACAGCAGUAUUGGUGGUGGUGGUGGUGCGUUCCUGGUUUGAACCGGCUGAACACAAUCAUGACUACUGAGGCUGCGAAUGAUAGGCGAACAGCUCGUAACAACUCCCCCGAGACUGAGGCUAACAUCACAGAGCUGAGAGAACCUGAGGGAACACCACCAUGGACGACAGAAUUACACCCUCCAUCUCCAGUCGAAGCUCCUUCAAAAGUCACUGCCCGCAAACGAAUGAGAGUGUUGGUGGUCGUAUGUACAGUUGGGCUUCUUGGUGGAUUAGCAGUGGGAGUGUGGUUUCUAGUGAAGUUCCUUAUGAAGCCAGUUGUCACACAGAGCCCAACAGAACUGGGAGACACCAAAGAGACAUGGUUCUGCAACGUGACUGACGAUGUUGCCAUCACUGAUCCCAGGAAAGUUUUUUACAGAAUAAGUUCGGAAAACUCUUUGCUGGAAAUCCAGCGGGAGGAAUGGAAAACCUGGCUUCCUGUGUGCUACGAGAGGUGGAACGCAUCUCUCGGAACAUUGAUUUGCAGACAGCUUGGCCAUCUAAGGCUCACAAAGCACAAAGGAGUCAACCUGACAGACAUCGGACCCAAUUACACGGCUGGAUUCAUUCAAAUUACCUCUGAACACAAACACGACUUGGAAAACAUCUGGCGGUUCAGGGGAAGUUGCACUACUGGUAAAGUGAUAGCAUUAAAAUGUUUCGAGUGUGGGACCCGUUCAAAGCUGCCCAGAAUAAUUGGAGGGACUGAAGCCACUCUGGGGAGAUGGCCCUGGCAGGUGGCUCUGUACCACAACUCUAAACACGUGUGUGGAGGCUCAAUAAUAACCAGCCAGUGGAUAGUUACUGCAGCACACUGUGUGCACAAUUACAGGUUACCUCAGGUAUCAAGCUGGCUUGUCUAUGCUGGUAUAGUUACACGGAGCUCUGGUAUAUUGGCAGAACGCUCUGGCAACCCUGUGGAGAAAAUGAUUUACAACAAACAGUACAACCACAGGAGUCACGACAACGACAUUGCCUUGGUGAAGCUCAAAUCACCUUUGAACUUCACAGAUACCAUCCGGCCUGUCUGUCUUCCAAGAUAUGAUCAAGAUUUCUCUGGAGGAACUCGUUGCUGGAUCUCAGGCUGGGGCUACACAAGGCCAGAUGAUGUCCACAUUCCUGACACACUGAAAGAAGCUGCAAUUCCCUUGAUCAGCACCAAGAAAUGUAACAGUUCCUGCAUGUAUGAAGGGGAAAUCACCCCGAGAAUGCUUUGUGCUGGAUACCCAGAAGGGAAGAUAGAUGCAUGUCAGGGAGACAGUGGUGGACCUCUGGUGUGCCAGGAUGAAAAUAUCUGGCGCUUAGUGGGGGUGGUGAGCUGGGGGACUGGGUGUGCCGAACCCAACCACCCAGGGGUCUACACCAAGGUGGCAGAGUUCCUCGACUGGAUUUAUGAAACGAUUGAGAAUUACUGAAAGAUUGGCAGCAGAUGAAAAGAUGAUCGGAUCUUAAAGAGGUGGGAGGCAAGGAGCAGUGACUGUCACACAGGUGUGUGCUGUGAAAGAUUAGCAGAGUUUAUUCUCAGGUUUAAUCUUCUCUUUGAACCAGUUCACAUGUCUGAGACCUAACCCUGGCUCCCAGUGAUAAGGGGGACCGUGGUGAUGAUGCCAAAGCUAACGAGGAAGAAACAUACAUGUUCAAACUUUAACAAACACUUUUGUCUGAUGUAUUUAGGCAGAAUGUACACUUAUCUGUAAGCCCAAACCUUUUGUUUCCUUUUCCGCAGAGGAGAAAAAGUGGUUUGAAUCCAGCAAAUGUUUUUAUAAAAAUGUUACCGAUUUUAUAAUAUAUAUAUAUAUAAUAUAUACAGCAUAUAUACUACUGUUCUAUAGGGAGGGGCUUAUAUGUUUUCCUAUGAGAAGUUUAUAUGUUAUUUAAUAUGCUGUUUUAUCAAUAUUAUAAUAUUUUCACAAUGUUAUAUGUGGGUAGCACUCAAACACAGGCUAUGCUGUU